AUGUUACAAAAUCAAUCCACCCCACAUACUGAAUUAGACCUUGAACUUCAACCGACCUUAGUAGAAGAUACAAAUAAAAGCAUAAUAUCUUCAAAAAAUAUCAAUGAUCAGGAAGCCCAAACUGUCGAAAAUGAUGGCUUAUUACAUGGAGUUGAAUUAUUUUUGGUUACUUUAGGUUUAGGUUGUGCUGUAUUUUUAGCCGCAUUAGAUCAAACAAUCGUUUCUACCGCUUUACCUGCAAUAGUUUCCGAUUUUAAUGGAUUGGAUCAAAUAGCAUGGGUCGCAACUUCUUAUCUACUCACAAUGACUUCAUUUCAACCAAUCUAUGGAAAAUUAUCGGAUAUUUUCGGUCGUAAAGCAACAUUCUUAUUUGCAAUUUCUAUUUUUGAAUUGGGUAGUUUAUUAUGUGGUAUCGCUAAUAAUAUGGUUUCAAUGAUAAUAUACCGUGCAAUCGCUGGUAUUGGAGGUGGUGGUAUCAUUGGACUUGUUUUGAUUAUUAUUUCUGACAUUGUCAGCGCUAAAGAUCGGGGAAAAUACCAAGGUAUUGUUGGCGCAUGCUUCGGAAUUGCUUCCGUGGCCGGACCGCUUAUGGGUGGUGCUUUUACUGAUCAUGUUAAUUGGAGAUGGUGUUUCUUCAUCAAUCUUCCUCUUGGUGCAAUAACAAUAAUCGCUAUAAUUUUUCUUCUUCACAUGAAAAUACCAACUGGUUCAUUACUCGGAAAAAUUAAGAGAAUUGAUUUUCUUGGCAUUAUUAUAAUGAUUGCAUCGACUGUUUGUCUUUUAUUACCUCUUAAUUGGGGAGGUAGUACUUAUGCUUGGAAUAGUCCUGUGAUUAUAGCGCUUUUAUGUGCUGGCGCUGUUGGUUACAUAAUAUUUGGUCUUGUUGAAAUUUACGUCGUUAGUGAGCCUAUUGCUCCACCCACACAAUCCGGAUUAGAUUUCAUGCCCUACAUUCUUGGUGUAGUAGCAUUCUCAAUCCUAACCGGCCAAUUUUUCUCUCGAACUGAUAAAGUAUCAUUUCGAUGUGCAACUUUAGUUUCUGCUACAUUAACUGUAAUCGGUGCUGGUUUAACCACUAUGUGGAAUGAAAAAACUGGAUAUGGUGGAUUUAUAGGAUAUAUGGUAAUUGGUGGUGCUGGAGUUGGUAUAGGUAUCCAAUCUAUUACAUUAUGCGUUCAAGGAUUGGUUGAACAAAAGGAUAUAGCUUCUGUUACUACUUUAGCAUUAUUCUUUAGAACUGUUUUUGGAAUUGCAAUAUCCGGAACAGUAUUUAACAAUAAACUUUCACAAGCAUUAAGUGUAUUAACUUUACCUCCAACAUUUUCAACAAAUUCUGUAUAUACUAUAAGAUUAUUACCACCUGAAGAACAGUCUUCAGUUAUUCACGCUUAUGUUAAACCUAAGUUUAGAGAAGGAGGUGAAAAACCUGCUAUGUUUGAAUAA